CUAUUAAAGGCAAGUUAGAUUAUGAUCUCCACAACCAAAUUUAAAAUUUGACCCAAAGUUUGUUUAAAAUGUUCAACUUUCUCACUCUGUUUUUGAACAAUAGGUAUUCUUCCUCCUCUAACGAUUGAAGACAAUCUUAACAAAACAGAUCAAUUAAUUUAGUAACAAACUACAUUUUAAUAUCUGAUAAGCACUAAAUUACAAAUAUAGCUUAAAACCUUUUAGCCUGUUUGCAUUAAAAGUCUCAGCGAUGGCAAUUUGGUGCCGGAAUAUAAGCAGCUUAAGGAGGUCUGCAAUAAACAGGCAGCUAAGCCAUCUCAUUGCACCAUAUGUUUCUGGUCAACCAAUACGUUGUCGUUCGACCAAGAUUUCUGAUGCUCCUCCAGACAUACGUAGAGUGAACAAGAACAUCACGAACUUAAUUCGAAAUGGUCGAGUAGAGGAUGCCAGAAGAUUAUUCGGUAUGUUAACGCAUCGAAAUACGGUUACGUGGAACUCAAUGAUUAGUGGGUACGUGCAACAACGUGAGAUUGUAAAAGCAAGAUACCUGUUCGAUAAAAUGCCGCAGAGAGAUGUUGUCUCCUGGAAUGUAAUGAUUUCUGGUUAUCUGUCCUGUCGACAUUUGGAGGAAGGUAGAAAAUUGUUCGAUGAAAUGCCUAGCAGAGACUUCGUUUCCUGGAACACGAUGAUUAGUGGGUAUGCUAAAGCUGGAAAAAUGAAUGAAGCACUGAAGCUUUUUAACUGUAUGCCUGAUAAGAAUGUCGUGUCCUGGAAUGCUGUUAUUUCUGGAUUUUUGCGUAACGGGGAUGUGAAAACUGCUGUAGAAUAUUUCAAGAGAAUGCCGGAGAGGGAUUCAGCUUCUCUUGGUGCACUUGUAUCGGGUUUGAUCCAGAAUGAGGAAUUGGAUGAGGCUGAAAAUGUUCUUUAUGAAUUUGGAGAAAGCAAUGAUGGGACAGAAGAUUUGAUUCAUGCUUAUAACACUUUGAUUGCUGGAUAUGGUCAGAAAGGAAGGGCUGGUGAUGCUAGACGCCUUUUUGAUAAAGUUCCUUCUUAUAGUAGUGCUCAAGGAAUUAGCAGAAAGAAGAGAUUUGAGAGAAAUGUGGUAUCAUGGAAUUCCAUGAUCAUGGCUUAUAUCAAAGCCGGAGAUAUGGUUUCUUCAAGAGAGCUUUUUGAUCAGAUGACNCUUAUAUCAAAGCCGGAGGAUACAUUUUCAUGGAACACAAUGGUUAGUGGCUAUGUUCAUGCCUCAAAUAUGGAUGAAGCAUCAAACCUGUUCUCUAAAAUGCGAAAUCCUGAUGUACUAUCAUGGAAUUCAAUAAUCUCUGGAUAUGCACAGACGGGGAAGUUGGAAUUGGCCCGUGAUUAUUUUGAAAGGAUGCCCCAGAAGAAUCGGGUUUCUUGGAAUUCCAUGAUCUCUGGGUGUGAAAGAAAUGCAGACUAUAAAGGAGCAAUAAAGCUUUUCAUGGAGAUGCAACAGGCAGGAGAGAAACCUGAUAGGCACACACUCUCCUCACUUCUAAGUGUUUGUGCUGAAACUGUGGCUUUGUUUCUGGGUAUGCAGAUUCAUCAGUUAGUGUCAAAGACUGUUAUACCAGAUAUACCUUUAAACAAUUCCUUAAUAACUAUGUACGCAAGAUGUGGUGCAAUACAUGAAGCAAGGACAAUUUUUGAUAAUAUGAAAUUUCAAAAAGACGUAAUCUCAUGGAAUGCAAUGGUCGGAGGAUACGCAUCUCAUGGUUUUGCAUUUGAAGCCCUAGAGCUUUUUGAAUUAAUGAAGUGCCUUAAAGUGAGGCCAACUCGCAUCACGUUCAUUUCAGUUCUGAAUGCGUGUGCUCAUGCUGGUUUAGUGGAACAAGGUCGGUUAUAUUUUAAAUCAAUGGACUCUGAAUUUGGCAUUAAACCUGAGGUUGAGCAUUUUGCCUCCCUUGUAGAUAUUGUUAGCCGCGACGGACAGCUUGAGGAGGCCAUGAAAGUGAUUAACACUAUGCCAGUGGAGCCAGAUAAGGCUGUCUGGGGUGCAGUAUUAGGUGCUUGUAGGGUGCACAACAAUGUUGAGUUUGCGCGAAUAGCAGCUGAAGCGCUAAUGCGCCUGGAACCGGAGAGUUCAGGCCCUUAUUGUUUGCUAUAUAACAUGUAUGCCGAUGCUGGAAGGUGGGAUGAUGCGAACGGAAUCAGAGUGUUGAUGGAAACGAAUAAUAUAAGGAAGGAACCCGCUUAUAGCAGGAUGGGCUCAGCUUCCUCAUAGUGAUUUCUCAAAUUAUAAAUUUUGGUUACACGAAGAAUUUGUACCGAGUUGUCUAUUUUGGGGUUUAAAUCAUUUGAAGGAAAUGUCAUGUACAUCCUGCUGAGCAUUUGCAAUAUUCCUUGCUAUGACUAAUAAUUCGACAAUGCUGUUAAACCCCUAUUGAUGUUUUGGAGCAUUUAUGUCUGCAGUUUAAGUGCUGGAGUUCAAAAAAUUGGGGAUAGUGAAUACAGUGGGGCAGAAGCUUGUUUCAUGAAGAAACACCAUGAACACAGGCAUGGACUCUACUGAUAACAUCGCAUGAUCGCCAGGCACACUGUUCUCUGACAUCAAGCAUUUCGACCUGAACAAUCAGAAAAUAGAUCAAAGCUUAUCAGGAUGGAGGACGUUAACAUCAAUCAAAAUGCUCCAACUCCUAGACGCUGUAUUCAAAUAACUGAAGAGCUGUGGGGUUUGAGGAUGAUACUGAGAAGCUAAUUCAUCUACUGACUAGAGAAACAGAGGAAUCGGAUACUAUCUCCAUUGUUGGCAUGCCUGGUCUAGGGCAAGACAUCUUUGGCCACAAAGAUAUCCAAAGAUUCUUCUAUGUUUUCUCGCUUUGAUAUUCGAGUGGUGUAUUAUCUCGCAAACAUAUAAUCUGAGAAAGCUAUUAAUUAACAUCUUUGGGCAAGUCACAGGUGUUAAGCACCAUGUGCACCCCAAUGACGAUAUAGCUGAUAUGUUGCGCAGAUGUCUGAUGGGCAAAAGAUUUCUCAUUAUCCUGGAUGAUAUAGGAUGUCGAAGCAUGGGAUGAGUUAAGAUUAUGUUUCCAAUUGGUGGAAAUGGAACCAGAAUUAUGUUAACAAGUCGAUUAGAACAAGUGGCAGAGGAAGUCAUGAGACAUAAUGGUUCUUAUAGUCUUCAAUUCAUGACUAGGGAUGAGAGUUGGAAAUUGUUGCAGAAGUAUUUGGAAAGGAAACUUGCCCCCUGAACUCCGAGCAUUCGACUACAAGUUGCACAAUAUUGUUACGGACUGCCUCUUACAGUUGUCUUGAUUGGCGCAAUCAUUGCAAAGAAAAGAAACUGGCUCAGAUGGUGUGAAGUUGCAAAUAAUUUGAAGUCCGAUGUUGGUGUAGUUGAAAAUGAGAGCAGCUUGGCAGUUAAAUUAAGUUACUGUAUUUACCGGUUCAUUUAAGACAUUGUCUUCUAUCUAUGGAAUACUUCGAGAGGAUGCAAAAAUUAGAGUACCCCGAUUGAUGUUACUCUGGAUAUCCGAAGGGUUCGUUCAAUGUAGUGAUGAAAGAAGAUUUGAGGAGGCAGAAUGUUACUUGAUGGAUAUAAUUUCUUGUAGCCUAGUGAUGGCAAGUUGAAAUACUUGCAAAUUCAUGAUCUAGUGGGUGACGUGCUUAAACAAAGCCAAAGAAAAAAGUUUAUG